CGGCUGUCAUCCGUGCGACCGCCGCACUUGCGGACGCGCCCGAACAGUGCCUGGCCUCCUGGACUUGGCGACCGCAUGCCGAUCCUCCGCCGCACUUGUUACCGCUGGGAUGUGCGAGACCGGGGCCCUGUGCCGCCCGCGGGACCUGAAGGAGGUCCUGCAGGGACAUGAGCGCCCGGCCCGUGGGCGUCCCGGCGCCCGACAGUGUGUGAGUGCAAGCAAAGACGAACGGAAAUGAGGUGUUGUGCUGAGGACAAGCAGGUGAUCGCAGCACCUGAGUGCAAGGGGAGGCGGACGGCAGUGUCUCCCUCUGAUUGAUUCUCUGCGCAGGAAUCUGGCGAACGUUACUCAGCUGUUCCCCCGAACUCUGGCGCUCGUGCCGUCACCUUCACCCGUGCACGGCUCGUACGUGCACCUCAGGCGACGGUGUGUGUAGUGUGUGUGGGCCUCCGCCUGUCUCGCGCGUGCACUUCCAGGAGCACUUUCCUCCCCUCGCGGCAGCCGGGAAGGACCCUCGCCUGCGUCGCGUCUCACCUUUAGCUCUCCACGGAGACUCUUCGGAUCAUAUUCGCGGUCGCCACAAGAAUUCAUUGCAUCUGCAACCGUACGUGAGGUUUCCAGUCCGCCUCCGCCUCGACGGCUCAUCAGGUUGAGGUCCGGCCCCGAGCUCCCCCCCCCCUGAGUGUGGAGCUUCCUGCGCCUCGGGCGGUGAGCUUCGUGUUUCUCUCUCGCGCCGGAGCCUCCUUCUGCGCCGCCGCCACCGCCUUCACUACCUACUGUGAUAACGCCGUGUCCUUCGGAAGAUUGUGAUCUCCGACGCUCGUUCAUUUUUCCUCCGGUCUCUGCGGCGGGUAGGGUACCUCAACCACCCCCCUCCCCCCGCGAAGCCGCCACGCUACGAGAGCUACGCCCGUGCUGCCUUAUUCUCGCGACGCCCGCCCUCGGAACGCACUCCGCCGCGGCCGCCACCACUGCUCACACUGCUCUACCUGACGCCCGCGCCCACUAGUUCCUGAGUAGACGACGCCGCUGCCGCCGCCGCCGCCGCCGCCACCGCCAUCAUGGGGCGCAAGAAGAUCCAGAUCUCCCGGAUCACAGACGAACGGAACAGACAGGUAACCUUCAACAAGCGGAAGUUUGGAGUAAUGAAGAAGGCGUACGAGCUCUCAGUGCUGUGCGACUGUGAGAUCGCACUCAUUAUAUUUUCGUCCUCCAACAAACUUUACCAGUACGCGUCGACGGACAUGGACAAAGUGUUACUCAAGUACACGGAGUACAAUGAGCCACACGAGUCUCUCACCAACAAGAAUAUCAUUGAGGCUCUGAACAAAAAGGAACAUAAGAAUGGCUUACAGUCUCCCGACUCCCCAGACGGCGAACAAGACUACACCCUGACCCCACGCACCGAGGCCAAGUACAACAAGAUUGAUGAAGAAUUUACACUCAUGAUGCAGCGCAACCAGAUCAACGGAGGCACUCGACCCUAUCUUGCGGCACAGCAACCGGUGGGACUGAACAACUACAACAUGGCCGUGACCGUUCCCGUAAACAACACCGCGUACGACCCGGCCCUCAUGCAGCCGUCGCCGCAGAUGUCUCACGCCUCACUGUCCCCGCGCCCCGGAUCUUCCAGUGGUAUGCUGGACAUGAACGGCUCCAACGGCUACCCCGGCUCGACGUCACCUUUGCCCCAGGGAGGAGCGCCCUCACCCGGACUCCUCACUCGACCGCACUCCUCCAAGACCCACUCGCCUACCAGACCGAACCUCCGCGUCCACAUCCCAAACCCUCAAGGACAGACGAAUCCCCGGCCGGGCUCUCCCUCACUGAACACUCCUGUAGUAUCACAUCAGGCGACACCCGGAAACCCAUCGACGACAUACUCACCUCUCAACACAUUUCCACAUCAGGACUUCCAGCUAAAUUCAGACAUUUCUCUUAACCCUCUCAAUUCCCUCAAUUCUCUUCAUCAGUGGAACCCGGGCUCGUUGGGAAUGUCGCACUCUGGCUUGCCACACCUCAGCGUCAGUUCCUCGACUCCGCCUCCAGCCUCGUCGCCGCCGGUAAGGAUCAAAUCAGAACCCAUCAGUCCUCCACGAGAUGCCAACUGCGUCCCCGCCUCCCACCUGCAAAGACCAGCAUCCACAGACCCCGGUCACCUGUCGCCCGCACCGCCGUCACACUUGGGUCCAUCUUCCAACCAUCCUGUGCACACACAUUACAAUACACUCUCAGGCCAUCUAACGCCAACAUCACACGCAUCGCCUGAUGGAACCUCACACCACACCGAGUAUGAUACUCCGUUGAGCAAACGGCCGAGGCUGACAGAGGGCUGGACCACAUAGUGAGGUGCAACGAGUGCCAGCACGUGCACCAGUGAGAGGACACUCAGUGCUGCGUGAUCAGUGCCUGGCGGGCAGGGGGCGCCGUCCCCAGGGCCACACUAGCCCUCACAAUCGUGCCCCCACCGCCUCUGCCUCUAUGGACCACAACGGUUGUUAACUGUACAAAAAGACUUGGGGAGCAGAGUGUGUGUCCUUCGCCAUGUGUGUGAGUGUCAGUGCCGCACUACCGUGACAGUGCCAAGAGAGGAGCUACAAGCCCUGCUCCCCGGCCUCCUGUGUUUGUGAAUCACAUUCCCUUACUCCCUUCUGCCAGUCCUGCCCCAGCCUGCCUAACUGCAACAGCCCUCCAGCCAAUGGGAACUGGCAUAAACGAGGUGAACUCUGUCCUUGGUAGCCUUAGUAAUAAAGGCUGAGGGCUGUCAUGGUCUGCUGCCUAGUAGCAGAGAGAAGCAAUUCAUUGCCAAUCUGGUUUGAAGCAGGAAUGUUCAGUAGCCGUCACAUGCUUGAGUGAAUUGUGCUGCUGGCCAUCUUCUAGUUGGGGUUGCCUUCUAUCCAUCUGAGAGAAAGCCUCGGGAUACAUUCUGAUCAUCUAAAAGAUGGAUUUCAGAUGGCUCCUGCUUGUCUCAAGAGAUGGCUUCCAGAUGCCUCCUGCCCAUCUGAGAGAUGACCUCAGGAAGCUUCUUGGCCAGUUGAAACAAACAUUUUUCAUUGCCAUGGUAACAUCAUCUGCAGAUCACAACUGUCUGUCACCACCACCUAUGUACUUGUUAGUUCUGGCUCAAUGUAAAUAAGCAAAAGACAUGAUUAUUUUUACUCUUUGUACAUAUUGGCCUAUAUGAUAAGAAUGCCUGGUACCUGUUGUGUGGUCGCGUUGGAGGUAGGGAGAGUCAGCCGCUGCUGCUUCCCAGGCCAGCCCAUGCGGCCGCCUUCUGUACCUCUCGUAUGGUCUUUCUUUGUACCUUGUGCCUCACCUUACUGUGUAAGAAGUUGUAGCCUCUAGUAACUGUGGACAGUAGUGCGUGGCCGGUGUGAGCUGCGUCGUGGUGUGGUGGUGGUGGCAGACUGGGGAUGGCAGACUGGCGGUAGCAGCUGUGGGCAUCACUAGGCCCUGUAUGUGUGCCUUGCUGGCCGCCAUCGUUCCUGCAGUUCCAGGUGGCCCAACAGCGCUGCCACCCACCGCUCUCCAUGGCUGCUGCCACCCGCCACGGGGCUAGGCCCACAGGAAGGAGGAGCCAGCUGUACCAUACCAAAUACAACACUAACUGUCGAUACAUAAACAUUUAGACUGUGUUGACUUAACGUUGUUUGUAUAAAUACAAAGUCUAGAUUCUUAAUAAUUUAUAUGAUACUGCUAAUGUAUAAUUCUUCAAGAAAUGUUUAUAGUUAUAUUUGAUUAUAAUAAAUCAAAACACCUAGUUUCUAAGCAAAGACACUAAAACCCAUUACCCUAAGCAUAUGUUGCACCUUGUCGUGGCGUGAUCACCGUGUACCACAGGCCGGCGUGCUGGGGCUCUGUGGGCCUGGGGGUAGUGGGGCCUGGAAACUAUUUUCCUCAUACUCACGCAGUAAAAGAAAAAGGAAGAAAAUUUAUAUAAAAAUGUAUGUUCAAUGUAAUAUCAAACAUUGUACAUUAAACAAAAAAAGAAAAAAAAAAUGUACAUGAAAACUUUCUUGUAAAAAAAAAACUAAAAAACACAAAAAAAACAAAAAAAAUAUAAAUAAAUAAAAAAAAAAACUUUGUAGAGGCCGACAUUGACUUCCAUUUGUAACCUGUCAAAAAUAAAGGGGUUUUGUUUUUGUAAAUCUCACAAUGGCUCACCUUCAAAGAACAUAAAGGAUUGGUCUUAUUGUACAAAUAUAAGGAUAUUACUAAUAUCUGUGAUGUAUAUAGUGCAAUUCAGUGGGUACCAGGUACUCCAGUAAACAUGGAUUGUACAUGAUCAAUAUUUUCUGAAAAGUCAUGUACAUUCUAUAUCUACAUAGCAGUGUGUAACUGUUUAUGUAUUGAUAAUCACCCCCAUAUGGAUUACAAGUCAUGUAUUUUAACAUUACUCAUUGGGUUGGCUUUGGGCUUGAAUGUUUUACUUCAUAUUCUUGUAUCCAGUUUUAGUACGACUGACCCUUUAUUCUAUCUAUAUGGCUUCAAAAGAGCACAGGGAGAAUCACUGUCCAUAUGAUCAUGGUGCAUGUAAUGGUUUAUAAAGUAUUAUAUAGAAGAAGAAAUAAAAGCUACCGCAGCCUGUCUCCCAAGGGAACGGGUCCAGAAGCAUCUGGUCGCGCUGAGGCCAGUAUGACAUUCUUUCGAGGCACAUCCAGAAGUCCCCAAACCCCCCUCCCCCCUACCAGCAGCCCCCCCGUCCUUAUGUUCUGACAUCAACAAGUUACAUGUUUGUGUAGAAUAAGUAUACUAUUAAUAUUUUUUUGUUAGUGAAAUAGAAGCAUUUUGUGUGAAUUUUGUCAUGUUAUUCAAUAAAAUGUGAAUAACAUA